AGUCUUAGGCGACACCUCAGAUCGUGCCUCCGCGCCUCAUCGGAGGUGGGAAUUCAGAGCUGCUCGGAGAGCAGUUCGGGAACGCAAGCAUGAGCUUCCUCUCAAGGAGCGAGUACGAUCGUGGGGUGAACACCUUCUCACCGGAGGGCCGACUGUUCCAGGUGGAAUAUGCGAUUGAGGCAAUCAAGCUUGGCUCCACGGCCAUUGGAAUCUGCACCAAGGAGGGCGUGAUUCUCGUGGUUGAGAAGAGGGUGACGUCGCCUUUGGUGGACCCAUCGUCCAUUGAGAAGCUGCUGGAGAUCGACAGUCACAUGGGCUGUGCGAUGAGCGGCCUGACCGCGGACGCUCGGACUCUGGUGGACCAUGCCAGAACAGAGGCCCAGGGCCAUUGGUUCACCUACAACGAGCGCAUCCCAAUCGAGAGCAACGUCAAUGCGAUUGCCGACUUGGCCCUGGACUUCAGCGACUCCGACCGCAAGAAGAAGACCAUGUCCCGACCCUUCGGAGUGGCCCUUUUGGUGGGCGGCGUGGACCCCUGGGACGGCCCUGUGCUCUUCAACACGGACCCGUCGGGCACGUUCACCAAGUACGCAGCUUGUGCCAUUGGCAGCGCUCAGGAAGGCGCCACAAGCAUGUUGCAGGAGCAGUACAACAAGGACAUGACGCUGAAGGAGGCCGAGAUUUUGGCGCUCACCACGCUGCGCCAGGUUAUGGAGGAGAAGCUGAGCAAGAUCAACAUCGAGGUGGGGGUGAUCCCAGCAUCCACUGCCAGGUUUCACACCUACACGGCGGAGGAGCUGGACGAUGUGAUCUCCCGCCUGCCGGCGCCCACACUGCCGACUCUGACAUCCGCCGGCACUGGCCAGUAAGUGACGAGUCAGGGCUUCAUUCAGGAGCUUUGCGUACGAGCUCAUGGCAAAACUGGAGCAUUCACAGAGCUCAGCGAAAGGAGC